UGCAAAAUAGGAAACUUUGCAUAAAAUCAUCAAUGUUGUCUCAAAUGCAUUUGCACUCUCCGCGCCCUUUCAGCCUCAACAAAUUCCCAAUAGCCGCCACUACUCGUUCUCCGUUCUUCUUUCGAGUCAGAAGCUCAACUACAUCACCGCCGGUCGGAGAUUCGAUCCCGGCGCCGGUAAUCUCAGAACAGCAGACACUCAAUUCGUCGCCACCUACGCAAUCGAUAGUUACGGCAGCAUCACCAUCACCCAUUGCGGUGUCCAGAAAUCUAGGGUUUCGACCCACCCCUGAAUUGGGCCUUCUCUCUCACUUGUUCGUUCUCUCCAUGGCUUUUGGUGCAUUUUUCUCAGUGGUCGUGGUUUCCAUUCCAACCUUAGUUGCUUUUGGAAGAUUAGGAGCUUCGGUGAAGAAAUUGUCUAAGGUUGUUUCAGAAGAGGUACCUGGAACUUUAUCUUCUCUCAAACUUUCUAGUAUGGAGCUGAACGAAUUAACUCAACAACUUAGCAGUCUCAGGCAUAAAAUUGGGGGUGUUCGCAUAGGGAAGAAGGAUGAAAGCACUGCCAGAUCGAGGUCCUUUCGUAAGAAGAACCCAGGAUCCUGACAUUUCCAACAUUGCUUAAAUGUGUAAAAGAUUUUGUUGUUUCUGGAAUU